CCGAACCCUACUGCCCUUCCCAAGCCUCUCCCAAACCCUCCCGCCGCCGCCGCCGCCGCCCGCCACCGAACAGCAGCCAUGCCGCCCAAGCUCGACCCGUCGCAGGUGGUGGAGGUCUACGUCCGGGUGACCGGAGGCGAGGUCGGCGCGGCGUCUUCGCUCGCCCCCAAGAUCGGGCCCCUCGGUCUCUCCCCCAAGAAGAUCGGUGAGGACAUCGCCAAGGAGACGGCCAAGGACUGGAAGGGCCUCCGCGUCACCGUCAAGCUCACCGUCCAGAACCGUCAGGCCAAGGUCUCCGUCGUCCCUUCCGCCGCGGCGCUCGUCAUCAAGUCCCUCAAGGAGCCCGAGAGGGACAGGAAGAAGGUGAAGAACAUCAAGCACAACGGCAACAUCAGCCUCGACGACGUCAUCGAGAUCGCCAAGAUCAUGAAGCCCAGGUCCAUGGCCAAGGAGAUGGCCGGGACUGUCAAGGAGAUCCUCGGCACCUGCGUCAGCGUUGGCUGCACCGUCGACGGGAAGGACCCCAAGGACCUGCAGACGGAGAUCGACGACGGCGAGGUCGAGAUCCCCUCCGCUUAAAGACCUGAUGUCGAGGUGAUUAUCAUCUGAUGAUAUGGAAGUCAUACCAUGUUGCUUAUGUACCUUCCAAACGAUGUGAUCCCUCCUCUUUUUGUCAUGUUUUAGCAGUAAUCCUGUGAGACCUCAUUGUUACUACUGCAUAUUUGGUCUUUGCAAUGUAGUCUGUGCACUUGGGUUAACUUAAUCUAUACCAUUCAGUGGUUAAAAGUUUGUUCUUCAAUGUCAA